GUGACAGAAGACGUCGGGAAAGUCCUGGGUGAAAAGAAAGUGGAUGCUAUCCUCUGUGUGGCUGGUGGAUGGGCUGGAGGCAGUGCCAAGGCAAAAUCUUUAUACAAAAACAGUGACCUGAUGUGGAAGCAAAGUGUUUGGACAUCAACCAUCUCUAGUCAUUUGGCUACCAAAUACCUGAAGGAAGGGGGGCUAUUGACUCUAACAGGUGCAAAAGCAGCAUUAGCUGGAACUCCAGGUAAAAUGGAAAUGUUCCUGGGGUGUGCAUGUUGUUUUGGUCAACAUUUCCCUUAGCCUUUAGUAUUCAGAUUGUAAAUUUCAGUAGUAUAAAUUCUGUCCUCCAAUGACAACUUAAAUAUUCUGUUAGGGUUGAGUGUAUAGAUUAAGAAAAUAUUUGGGGAAAAAUUGUACUUAUGUUUAUGAAAGCUUUUUUUAGCUUGCACAGAAAGUGCUUUAGCUUGAAUAUAAGCAGCAAAAGGGACGCAGUUGCUCAGUGGCUAAGACGCUGAACUUGUUGAUUAGAAAGGUUGGCAGUUCGAAGGUUCGAAUCCCUAGCGCCA